AUGUUCGAUGAAAUAGAUGGAGUAUGGAAUCUUUCCUGUGAUCAGCAAUUAAUUGCAACCAGAAACUCUAAGUUUGGAGAAGCACUCGUAAUUCAAACUACACGUCAGGCUGGAUCGUAUCUGCUCGGGUUUCGAAUAGAUCCACGCGAGCGUCUCGUUAAAGUAAUGAAACAACUUGGUAGUUUACAUAGCAUUUACUUGAAAAACCCUGUUCUUGGAAUUGCGACUAGUCAAGCAGAAGAUGUAAUAAUACAAGAUAUUAAGGGAAUAAAUGAAGAUAUAGAUGACUUCAAAGGUCGAACUACUGAAGACCAUUGUGAUAUCCUCUCAGUUUAUCUAGCAGAUGGAACCAAACUAAAAGAUAGGGAGCCAGUAUACAACGAAGACCUUGGCCUUGCUGUCGAACGCCUGCCAGAAAACUACACUAUUUCUGACUUGUGGAAGAUAAUACCAGGAAAGAAUAAAGAGAAAUGA